AUGCAUGGCUUCGAAGCAAUAGAUGCUGCGAAGGAAGAAGUGGAGAAAGCCUGUCCUGGAGUUGUAUCAUGCGCAGAUGUCUUGCAGUUCGCUGUUCGCGACGUUGUCAUACUGACAGGAGGCUGCGAUUGGCGGGUCCUAGCUGGGCGCAGAGACGGAUUGGUGUCGAAUUCUACUGAGGUCCCAAAAAACAUACUAGCCCCAGAUAAGAAAGUAUCAGAUCUACUGCAGGCUUUCCAGAAGAAAGGAUUCAACGCUGCUCAAAUGGUCACUCUAACAGGUGCUCAUACCAUCGGCAGAGCCUCCUGGUUUGCCUUCGACGUCCGAAUCCACAAUUUCAGUGGUGAUCAAUCAAAGGUCGAUCCAUCUCUACCACCUCUUUUUGCAUCCAUCUUGAAGAAGAAAUGCCCUUCGGCAAACCUGACGAAGUGGGUCAACCUGGAGGUAAUCACCCCACGCAGAUUUGACACCCAGUAUUACAAAAAUCUCAUCCACAAAAUCGGUUUGCUCACCUCCGACAUGAGCAUGGUGGCGGACUCGCACACGCAGGAGCAGGUUUACAUGAACACCAACUGGCAAAAGUUCAGCUCAAACUUUGCGGAUGCAAUGGUUGAUCUAAGCAAGCUCGAUGUCCUGACAGUUCAGUCUGGUGAGAUCCGGUUAAAAUGCCGAUUCGUGAACUAA